AUGGGUUGGGCUUGUAACACCGAAAAUUAUAAACUCAGUAAGAUUCAUUCUCAAAAAGAUGGGAUGGAAAAAGAGUUGGGUGCUGCGGUUCGAAUAUUUAUGUGGGGAACGCGUAACGAGGCCUAG